AGCGCGGCAUUUUUACAGGAUCACCGUCGUGUUCGACGAUAAAAUGGCUAAAACCCUGAUAACUUCUUAGCGAGAACGAUACAUUGUCAAGCGAAACGACGACGACGGUGCACGCCGACGAGUUUGCCCAGGCCGAGACACAAUUUGCACGCAACAUGUCUACCAUGUUAUCAAAUGAAGCUCAACUACGUUACAUGAUAGAAUGGUUCCAAGAAUGGUCUGAAAUGCAACGGAAUGAUUUUCUGGGAAUAUUGCUGGAAAACUGUGGCCCUCCAGGGCUUGUAAAUGGAUUAGUUUCUGGAAUGGAAAAACUGGAUUGUGAAGGGUCUGAUAGACCUCCAAGCUUGUUCCAGUGUCGUGUCAAGCUUUUUAAAGAGUGGAGUAGCAAUUGGUCUCAAAAUGAGAAGGAUUCCUUAUUGGCAGCUAUUAAGAAUAUAGAUAGUAAGUUUGCUGAAAAAUAUGAAGAAAGGUUAUCAGCAUUAAUGGAAGAUAAACAAUAAUAAUGCAUAUAUAUGCAUUAAGCACUAUCUUUUACAAUUUAGAUUUU